CUUUCCUUUUCCGGCUACGGGUCCCCGAGCGGAGCGGGAGGCCGGACCCGGGAGCCGAGCGGCGGUGGCGGCUGUAAUGGCGGAGCUGGUGCAGGGGCAGAGCGCUCCGGUGGGCAUGAAGGCCGAGGGCUUUGUGGACGCCCUGCACCGGGUCCGGCAGAUUGCUGCUAAAAUUGAUUCAAUUCCUCACUUGAACAAUUCCACGCCUCUCGUGGACCCCUGCGUAUAUGGAUAUGGCGUGCAGAAACGGCCCCUGGAUGAUGGAGUAGGUAACCAGUUAGGGGCCUUGGUACAUCAAAGGGCAGUAAUAACAGAAGAAUUCAAAGUGCCUGAUAAAAUGGUUGGAUUUAUUAUCGGCAGGGGAGGUGAGCAGAUUUCACGGAUUCAAGCAGAAUCUGGUUGCAAAAUUCAGAUUGCUUCAGAGAGUUCUGGGAUUCCAGAGAGGCCCUGUGUACUUACCGGAACCCCAGAAAGUAUUGAACAAGCCAAACGACUGCUGGGGCAGAUUGUGGACCGCUGUCGCAAUGGACCUGGCUUUCAUAACGACAUAGACGGCAAUAGCACAGUCCAAGAGAUCCUUAUUCCCGCAUCUAAAGUGGGUCUGGUCAUCGGCAAAGGAGGGGAAACAAUCAAGCAGUUGCAGGAACGGACAGGUGUAAAAAUGGUCAUGAUCCAGGACGGCCCGCUGCCCACGGGAGCAGACAAGCCCCUUCGUAUCACUGGAGACCCGUUCAAAGUACAGCAAGCCAGAGAAAUGGUACUAGAGAUCAUCCGAGAAAAAGACCAAGCUGACUUCCGAGGCGUGCGAGGCGACUUCAGCUCCCGAGUGGGAGGAGGCGGUCUAGAGGUAUCUGUCCCUAGGUUUGCUGUUGGGAUUGUAAUAGGAAGAAAUGGGGAAAUGAUCAAAAAGAUCCAGAAUGAUGCUGGUGUGAGGAUUCAGUUUAAACCAGAUGAUGGGAUUAGUCCUGAAAGAGCUGCCCAGGUCAUGGGCCCUCCAGAUCGGUGUCAGCAUGCUGCCCACAUCAUCAAUGAGCUGAUCCUUACGGCACAGGAGAGAGACGGCUUUGGAGGCCUGGCAGUAGCAAGAGGAAGGGGCCGUGGCCGUGGUGACUGGAGCCUGGGAACCCCUGGUGGCCUCCAGGAGGUGACAUACACCGUGCCAGCAGAUAAGUGUGGCCUCGUCAUAGGCAAAGGGGGCGAGAACAUCAAGAGCAUCAACCAGCAGUCGGGAGCCCAUGUGGAGCUUCAGCGCAAUCCCCCUCCCAACACCGACCCCAGCCUGCGGAUAUUCACCAUCAGGGGCAUUCCUCAGCAGAUCGAGGUGGCCAGACAUCUCAUAGAUGAGAAAGUUGGUGGUGCCGGCCUUGCAGCCCCCGGAGCCUUGGGACAGAGCCCCUUCAGCCAGCCACCUGCCGCCCCGCAUCAAAACACCUUUCCUCCGAGGGGCUCAGGGUGCUUCCCCAACAUCGCUGCUAAGGUGAACGGAAACCCCCACAGCGCUCCUGUGAGUGGUCCUCCGGCCUUUCUGACCCAGGGCUGGGGCAGCACCUACCAGGCAUGGCAGCAGCCCACACAGCAGGUCCCAACACAGGAUGCCACUCCCCAGAACGGCUGGAGAACACAGCAGGCCCUGCGGCAAGGAGCACAUAUACUCAGGGGAGCUUCCCAGGAAACAGCACCAGCCUCCGGCUGGACCAGGAACAUAGACCAGCAGAGCCAGCCGCAGAGCAGUCAGCCUGACUACAGCAAGGCCUGGGAAGACUACUACAAGAAGCAGAGUCACGCUGCCAGUGCGGCUCCUCAGGCCAGCUCCCCACCAGACUACACAAUGGCCUGGGCCGAGUACUACAGACAGCAGGUCGCUUUCUACGGGCAGACGCUAGGGCAGGCUCAGGCCCACAGCCAGGAGCAGUAGAGCCGAGUCACGCAGCUGGCCCUUCCCCUCGAAAUCAGUGUGAAAGAAAACCUGUUUGUAACAGAGGUUUUUAGAUUUGCAGACUUUGGAAGAACCUUUGUUUUGUUCUGUGAAACACUAUAUUUAGAUUAACAGAAUUUUGCUAAAAAUUGGGAAACUUAGUUACUAAAAAUUGCUGAUAACUUUUGUUUCAUCAUUCUUGUUUGUUAUUUCAAAUGUAUAAGCUCUGGGAUUCUUUUUGGAGCAAUACCUGCAAAUUCAGGUGCCAGAAUGUGCCUCGGAGCAGUGUCAUUUCAACAUGGUGUUGUUUUGUUUGUUCUGUUUUGUUUUUGUGUCUUUUUAUUUACAGUUUUUUUCUGUUGCAACAGAAAGUGGCUUGGAAGUCUUAGGUGGUAUGUAACAAAUUCUUUUAAAAAUUUUUAAACAGUAUUUAAAUAUUCUUAAAUGUGUAAAUUCAUUAAAUGUUUUACUUCUAAUUUCUUGUAUUUUGGCUGUCUGGUUUGACUGCAUUUUUUAAAAAACUGAACUAUUAUGUAUUGUAAUUAAUUAUGUGAAUUCUGAAAUGAGACAGAUAAUUGUAUUGCUGUCCAACAGGGUUUGGGGGGGCAUUUUGUAGGGUUUGUAUGAUUUCCAGAGUUCUAGGGGUAAUAUAAAAGCGUGUGUGUGUGUUUAGCAUACAUUUUUUUCAUGUCUCUAUUACUGGUUGCAAUUGUAUAUCUAAGACCUCCAAGCUGGUUUUAAAAAAACAAAACAAAAAAACUUUCUCUAUUCUUUCAGAAAUAUAAAUACUGUUAUUUUUAAUAUUAAAAAGAAAUUCAAUAUAACUUUUAACAAACACUGUGGAACAUUAAACCGUAUAAAAAUGUAGUAACUAUUUUUUAAUUCCAAGGUGUUUUUUUGCUUUUUUCUUUUAAAUAUUUUCUUAAUAUUUGUCAAAUUAACUAGAUGAAUAAGUAAAUCUAGUAUUAACCACAGUAUGAAUUAAAUAAUUUUGAUUUAAUAAAAGGGAUAAUAUGAUUUCCAAUGUUUACUGUAGUGUAUCUUGUACAGAUAACAUGUAUUUUUAAAGGAAAAAAAAAGACGGAAUUAAAGCUAUUUUUUCUUGCAUUUUUAAUUGACCUGAGGGACAUUCCGUUUGAAAUGUACUGAAGUUACAGUUUCUGGGUUUUUCUCAUUUUCCUUAAAUGCUUGAAAUGUCUAACUAUUAAAAAAGGCAAUUGGAAAAUGUUAUGCAUGUUGUUUUAAAAAAGGUGUUCUUUGUAUUUGACUGACAAUUCAUUUUACACUCUAUAUAAUAAAAUUUCCACAAGACGUCUUGUGGGUGGAGUA